UAGGAACUGCGAGCUUAUCUUUGAGCAAUAGCAGAGUCGAUAUCAGGGAACCGUAGGUUGUCUACAGCUGAAAUCGUCUGCGAAGAGGCAGGUGACUGUCUGCGCACAUCCACCUCCGCUAGGCAGUCUGAAAAUACAUCGGUGGACAUUUACUGCUGUUCCAUCUUUAUUGUCAUUUUAGAUGUUGCUUAAAUAACUACAUGCCUUUCGAUUUAAUUGUUUAGUCAGCCGACAUGGAAAACGCGCACACUAAAUCAGCAUCGGAAGUUCUAGAGAACUUCGGUGUGAACGAAAACACAGGACUGACACUUGAACAAGUGAAAAUCAAUUUAGAAAAAUAUGGACCAAACGAGCUCCCAGCUGAAGAAGGCAAGUCACUGUGGGAGCUGGUGGCGGAGCAGUUCGAGGACCUCCUGGUCAGGAUCCUCUUGCUAGCAGCCUGCGUCUCUUUCGUGUUGGCUUUGUUUGAGGAAGGGGAGGAGACCGUCACCGCCUUCGUCGAGCCCAUCGUCAUCCUGCUCAUCCUCAUCGCCAACGCAGUGAUCGGCGUCUGGCAGGAGCGAAACGCCGAGAACGCCAUCGAGGCGCUGAAGGAGUACGAGCCGGAGAUGGGGAAGGUGUACCGGAUGAACCGCAAAGCUGUCCAGAGGAUCAAGGCCAGGGAGAUCGUCCCCGGGGACAUCGUGGAGGUGGCAGUCGGCGACAAGGUUCCUGCAGACAUCAGGGUGACCUCCAUCAAAUCCACCACCCUGAGAGUGGACCAGUCCAUCCUCACAGGAGAGUCUGUGUCUGUCAUCAAACACACCGACCCCGUACCGGACCCUCGCGCUGUCAAUCAGGACAAGAAGAACAUGCUGUUUUCUGGCACCAACAUCGCUUCCGGACGCGCCAUCGGCAUCGUGGUCUCCACCGCCGUCUCCACGGAGAUUGGAAAGAUCCGGAACCAGAUGGCGGCCACGGAGCAGGAGAAGACUCCGCUGCAGCAGAAGCUGGACGAGUUCGGCGAGCAGCUGUCCAAGGUCAUCUCCCUGAUCUGCGUGGCCGUGUGGGUCAUCAACAUCGGCCACUUCGGAGACCCGGUCCACGGGGGCUCCUGGGUGCGCGGCGCCAUCUACUACUUCAAGAUCGCCGUGGCGCUGGCCGUGGCUGCCAUCCCAGAGGGCCUGCCUGCCGUCAUCACCACCUGCCUGGCCCUGGGCACGCGCCGCAUGGCCAAGAAGAACGCCAUCGUCAGGUCCCUGCCCUCCGUGGAGACCCUGGGCUGCACCUCCGUCAUCUGCUCCGACAAGACGGGCACCCUCACCACCAAUCAGAUGUCUGUGUGCAGGAUGUUUGUCGUGGACAAGGUGGAGGACUCCAGCUGUGCCCUGCAUGAGUUCACCAUCUCAGGCUCUACCUACGCGCCUGAUGGAGAAGUGCUGAAAGGGGACACACCCGUGCAGUGUGGAGACUACGAUGGACUACUAGAGCUGGCGACAGUGUGUUCCAUGUGCAACGACUCCUCACUGGACUACAACGAGGCCAAGGGGGUGUACGAGAAGGUGGGCGAGUCCACGGAGACGGCCCUCACCACCCUGGUGGAGAAGAUGAACGUCUUCAAGAGCGACCUGUCAGGACUUAGCAAGGUGGAGCGUGCCGGGUCCUGCAACUCUACCAUCAGGCAGCUGAUGAAAAAGGAGUUCACUCUGGAGUUCCGCGACCGCAAGUCCAUGUCUGUGUACUGCACCCCCAACAAGCCUGGCUCCCAGAGCAAGAUGUUCAUCAAGGGAGCCCCAGAGAGUGUGAUGGAGCGGUGCCAGUACCUGCGUGUGGGCACAGGGAAGGUGGCGCUGACUGCGCCCCUGAGGGAGCAGCUGAGCGCUCGGAUCAGGGACUGGGGCACGGGCCGCGACACGCUGCGUUGCCUGGCGCUGGCCACCAGGGACUCCCCUCCCCGCCAGGCGGACAUGGACCUGGAGAACUCCACCAAGUUCGCCGAGUACGAGACUGGCCUGACGUUCGUGGGCUGUGUGGGCAUGCUGGACCCGCCCAGGAAGGAGGUGAUCGGGGCGAUUCAGCUGUGCAGCGAGGCGGGCAUCCGCGUCAUCAUGAUCACCGGGGACAACAAGGGCACGGCCGUGGCCAUCUGCCGGCGCAUCGGCAUCUUCGACGAGGACGAGGACGUGACAGGGAAGGCCUACACGGGCCGCGAGUUCGACGACCUGCCGCCCGAGGACCAGAGGGACGCCGAGCGCGCCCGCUGCUUCGCCCGCGUGGAGCCCGCCCACAAGUCCAAGAUAGUGGGCUACCUGCAGUCCUUCGACGAGAUCACGGCCAUGACUGGUGACGGCGUGAACGAUGCGCCCGCCCUGAAGAAGGCCGAGAUCGGCAUCGCCAUGGGCUCGGGCACGGCCGUGGCCAAGUCUGCCUCUGAGAUGGUUCUGUCCGACGACAACUUCUCCACCAUCGUGGCCGCGGUGGAGGAGGGCAGGGCCAUCUACAACAACAUGAAGCAGUUCAUCAGAUACCUCAUCUCCUCCAACGUGGGAGAGGUGGUCUGCAUCUUCCUGACGGCCAUCUUGGGUCUGCCGGAGGCUCUGAUCCCCGUCCAGCUGCUGUGGGUCAACCUGGUGACAGACGGCCUCCCCGCCACCGCCCUGGGCUUCAACCCCCCCGACCUGGACAUCAUGGACAAGCCCCCCCGCAACCAGGAGCCCCUCAUCUCUGGCUGGCUCUUCUUCAGAUACCUGGCCAUCGGAGGGUAUGUUGGCCUGGGCACCGUGGGUGCUGCCACCUGGUGGUACCUGUUUGACGACGCAGGCCCUCAUGUGUCCUUCUAUCAGCUGAGACACUUCAUGCAGUGUACAGAGGAAAACCCCAUGUUCCAGGGGAUCGACUGCGAGGUGUUUGAGUCUCGCUACCCCACCACCAUGGCCCUGUCUGUGCUGGUCACCAUAGAGAUGUUCAAUGCUCUCAACAGUCUGUCUGAGAACCAGUCCCUGAUCCGGAUGCCUCCCUGGGUAAACAUCUGGCUUCUGGGAGCCAUCGUCCUCUCCCUCUCCCUCCACUUUCUCAUCCUCCACGUGGAGCCGCUUCCUCUCAUCUUCCAGGUGACUCCUCUUCACUUCUCCCAGUGGAUGGUGGUGCUGAAGAUCUCCAUUCCAGUCAUCCUGCUGGAUGAGGCCCUCAAGUACAUCUCCAGGAACCACUUAGAAGGUGAAGAGGAGAAGAAGUACAGGAAGAGACGGCAGCUGAACUAAGAAGACUCCUCCCCCACCCUCCGCCACGCCACAUCACAUCCUCCCCCGCCCACCCGCCGCCACUCACACAGACACACAUGCCUCCUCCUCCUUUUUUAAGAUAGAACCCUCUCUGCCUCCACCAAUCCCGACUCCUGCAUGUCCGACAACCACUAGAGACGAACAGGGCAUGAAACAAACGAGUGUGUUGGUGCGUAUGCCAGAGCAUGUAGUGUUUGUGUGUGUGUGUGUGUGCGUGUGUGUGUGUGGGUGAGCGCAUGCCUGUUGGGUGAACGAGUGAGACGGCGAGCGUGUGUGUCUGUGUGUGCGUGACAGGGCGAAUGCAGCCUGAAACAACUGCGAAACACACCGAAUUCUUGAUGCUUUUUUUUUCUCUCUCGCUCAUUUGCUUUUUACUCUGUACAGUACGUAGUGGUGCAAUAACUGGGGUGGAAGAGAGAGACAGAGAGAGAGAGAGAACAGUGAGGAGAAGGGGAGGUUGAGAAGACUGGCUGUGAGAGUGAGGGAAGGGUGGAGGGAGGGAGAGGGACACACCCUGGAGAAGACCAGAGAGUCUGGCAUCUCCCCUGCCACGAGGAGGGCUGUGGGGAUCUGGAAACUUCUGUCAUCCCAGCACAACGCGUCGUGUCUCCACUGAGAGCACUUUCUGGAUCUUUCUUCUUGGGUUUCUUCUUUUCCUCCCUUCUCUCUGCCUGCUGUUUGUUCCGCUGAUACGUUUGGCAUUCCCUCCUCCUCUCUCUAUCCCUCUCUCUUUAUCUCCUCCUCCCUCCCUUUCCCUCCCUCCCUCUCCCUCUCUCUCCCUUCCUCCCGAGGAGGCAGCUGUGGUUCUGGGCUCUGACUCAUAGUACCCUGGAGUCUGUGUGAAGGAGUCUCUCCUCCUGAAUGUGUGAAUAGCUCAAUGCUGCUUGGCUGCUUUCUAUAGCUCUUAUCGAGGAGUCAGAGGGAACAGCUCACAGAGAACCAAACCAAAUUGUAAACAAGUGCACAACCCCCCCCCCCCCCCCCCCCAGUUAUUAUUUAACAUCAGCACACUCUAAUCAAUAUCAAUGAUCAAUAUGUAGUGCUCCAAAUAUGGUGCACUUACCUCUUGGGACAGUGGUCACAUAUGAAUGUAUUUUUUAUCAGGCAUUUACUCCCUUAGAUCGUCUCGUCUCUUGAAUCCUGAGGCUUCACUUCUCUUUGCGACAGUUAAAACCGUAGGACGAGUUCAUCUCCCGCUCUCUUGGACGACGUUUUUCGUGUUGAGUGUCGGCCGUCCCAGCCCCGGUCUGUGAGCUGCUCUCUCCUCCCCCUGCUACCGCCAGUGCUUUAGCCUUUAGCUCCAGGUUCACGUGGGUGUUGUUUUUAAAAGACUAAUAAUAAUGUAUUUGACUGAAUGAACCCCGGAGGUUUGGCUCGUUUCUUUAGCUCUUGUCUGUAGGGUUGCUGUGGACCUGCGAUGGGUUGGCUCCGGGGGAGCACGUUCCGGUGUCUCAUCCUAAAGCCCUCUGCCACCAGGCCUAGGCCGGAGCAGACAGCCAGUCAGACAGUACACAACACCAGAUAUGAAAACUCUAGGCUUACAUCCUGAAGAGAUGAUCAAAAGUAAUAUAUUGAGUCUGAUACUAAGCAACAAGCUGUCUCUUGUUGUCUUGUACAACUCAACUUGAUUUGGAGAAAAAUAUUUGGAAACCAGGAUGCUGUGUCACUGGGCAGGGUGGAAGUUUAGUCCUGGCCUGCAGUGGCAUUGGGCUCAAAGGCCCCUUUUUUGCCUCUCAACCUAUCUCAGCUCUAGUCCAUGGUGGCAACCAAGCAUGCUAGCACUCAGGCCCCUGGGCAGGCAGGCAGUGUAGGUUUGUACCGCCUUGUUACUUACUACUGAAUCCUUGAACUCUGUACAGAAAAGGAGAAGAUUGCAUGGAACCUUGUUACUGUAAUUAACAGCCUAAACAGUAUGUAAUAUUUAAUUUUUUUUGAUAACUCGCGUCAACAAAACCUACUUACCAACAGCCAGAGAGCUGCAAGAAACCAUUUAAUUUUUUUCUUUGAGCACAUGACAUCUAAGGAUCUUUUUUUUGUUUUUGUUUUUUUUUUGUAGACUAGUCAAGUUGUUUAUUCAUUGUCAAUGUUUGUUUUUACGGUUGUUGUUAUCUGUGUCUUUUACUUUAGGGAAAGAAUAUAAUGUGUAAAAUAAAUAAAAAUUAAGGUUAUGGUAAUGAGUAAUAAAGAUAAUUUCAGUGAAAGUAAUCUGGUUUCAGAAUGUGUGUCUGGUUUGCACAGAGCAAUGACCAGUGAUGAAUCCUGGUUAAUGAAGUCUUAUGCGUGUAUAUUGAAGGGCUUGGUGUGGCUGCAGGCUCCCCUGACCCCCAGUCUGCUGCUCUAGUCAGAAAGCCAGUCUAGUUUCCUGGCUUCGUCUGCUGUAGUAACCACCUAUGUGUGUGUCAUCAGUGAGGGAGGGAUCAAUCCUGAGAUCCACUGUUGUCAUUGGACCACUCUCUCCUGUUUUGCCUUAAAGCAAACACACGUGGGUCUCUGGAGCCUGAAUCCACCCAAUCAGAUACAACGGAUACUCUGUAUUGCCUUGAUGAAAUUAAUUGUGGACACAUGAUUUUAUAUAUGAAAAAGACAUGGAAUAAAGAUUAUUUAUCUUGUUAUUUAC